UAUGAUGUGUCAUUCCACUAAAUCAAAAGAUUCCACAACAAAGCAGGGCAGGUAAUAUCCAUACAAACUCAAAACAAGUUGUAUACUGAGGAAGGCCAUUUGCUCAUCUUCAAAUUCUGUCAAUCACAUCAAACUAUUCAUCUUCAACUCACUUCACUUCCCAUGGAGACUUUCCAAGAUAGUGCGCGAGAACAUUUACUAAACGUAGACGAAAACUGUGUGGUUAACGGAUCAGAAAGCAAAAUUCAAGUAAAGGGUUUGUCAAGAUCGUUAGACAAAGGGGUUUCCAUACUUCAAAAUGUCAACUUGGAUAUCCCUAGAGGCCAAAUUAUGGGGAUCAUAGGGCCAAGUGGUAGCGGAAAGUCAACGCUGCUAAGAGCGCUGAAUCGGCUGUGGGAACCGCCUUCUGGCACCGUGUUUCUGGAUGGAAAAGAUAUUACCGGUCUUGAUGUUCUUGAGCUCCGGCGUAAAGUGGGUAUGCUGUUUCAGCUUCCAGUUUUGUUUGAAGGUACAGUUGCAGACAAUAUAAGAUAUGGGCCACAGUUGAAAGGAAAGAAACUAAGAGAUGAAGAAGUGUACAGAUUGCUGACUUUUGCUGACCUUGAUGCCUCUUUCUUCAAUAAACCGGGCAGCGAACUGUCGGUUGGUCAAGCUCAAAGGGUUGCACUUGCUAGAACAUUAGCCAAUGAACCAGAGGUUUUGUUGUUAGAUGAGCCAACAAGUGCGUUGGAUCCGAUAUCAACACAGAACAUAGAAGAUGUGUUGGUGAAGUUAAAGAGUAAGGGGAUGACCAUUGUUAUGGUCUCUCACAGCAUUAAACAGAUUCAAAGGAUUGCAGAUGUGGUUUGUCUUCUUGUUGGGGGUGAGAUUGUUGAAGUUUUGAACUCCAACCAUUUAUCAGAAGCUAACCAUCCUAUGGCAAGAAGAUUUCUUGAACUCAGCUCUUAAAACUUUUCCAUCUCCAUAUCUCAUAUAUGAAUCGUAAUUAAUUGUUCCAAUAAUCGUGUUUUAUCAGAAUAUGCAGUUUGUAAUUUUGUAUCAUUAGUCGUACUUAUGCUGAACUUGAUUGAGUUUCUGUUUAGUCUCAAACGGGUCAAACCAAAAAUGAGGGAUUGGGUCCAAUGAGUCGAACGGAUUGAAAUCCAAAUUCUAACCUUCCAAUUUGUUUUAUCCAAAGACAUAGAUAAUGAUUCGCAUAA